AUGUUUGGACUUCAAGCUACGGUCAGCUACGCCGACGAGUCCUCGAUCAAGCUUCCGAUCUACGGGCAGCCGCAAGCAUAUCGUCAUCGUCAACUCCGCGUCUACCAAUUGGUCGGCGCCACCCGUACCACUCCACGCGAAGAUCAUCUUCCUUGGAAAAAGCUGCGACGCGCUGUGCAACAAUGCGGACACAACACCGCUUUCUUCUACACCUGCGGCCGCCAAACAAUGCCGCUAUGGUCGACUUCGCUUCAGGAUGAUGACAAGCAUGAUUCUUGCCGCCUCCUCGUCAAGUACGACUACGGCGACGACAUUCGCUGCGGUCAUUACUACCUCUUCUACUUCAUCGACUUCCGGCGUAUCCACUCACAGAAAUUGGGCCGCCGCGAGCAUUUGGAUCGACAAGUAUCAGGAUUUCUUCAAGCUGCCCGCGCCAACUGCUGCUUUCGACCUGAGCGCAGCGACAUCGACAACUGUAUGCUGCCGCCCCGAAUACAGCAGCCGAGCUCCAGCACUUCCGUCAUGACACCAACAGCCGGAUGCAAGGCUUCAACACUCAAGCGCUCAAGUACGACUCCACUCGACAUGAAGCUCCAUCACGCCUCUUCACUCAAACGUCGCCGUUUCAAGCGUUCAAGCUCCAGGACAACGCCUUGUGGAUGGAGUGCGGUAGCCGUGCCGUUCGCAUUCGUUGCUUCUUUGGCUUCUCGCCUGCUGCGAGAUGAGUCGCUACUUGAUGAAGCCGACACUCCUGCACGACUGCAUGAGCCACCUGCGAAGCUACACGCCAUUCUGCGGUUGAUGGACCACUACUUGGGCCGCCGCGAGCCGUUCAAUCGACAAGUCCACCAGUUCGUCCGACUGCUUGCGACAAGUUCAAAGCCACCGCCCCAUCAAAGUGCCAGCGACAAGUCCAUGCUGCCGCUC